GCUGUCGGUUUGCCUUCUCAGAGGUGGAGGUGCAUCUAUAUUACUAUAGUUGUCCCGAUUCAGUCUCGAUAUCCGUUAGAUUUUGAACGAUUUCCGAAUUUCCGAACAGCCAAAAAAAACCGAGUUCCGAGUUCGCGUCGUGCUUAUUUAUUUACUUUUAUUAUUGUUUUAAUUUUUUUGGUAUUUUUUUUUGAGUGACCAUGUUUUUGGCGGCCUGACCCAAAAGGGGCACCACUUCCACGCGACAGUCGCAACCGUAAAUGUGGUGAGGAUGUCGCCUGCUGAGGAGCUUCGCUUGGUCGGAGGAUCGGAUGCCUACCAGUUGGCGGCGAGCACUGGAGGCGGCGGCGGCGUUGGAGGAGGAGUCGGAAUUGGAUCCAGAGGCGGCGCAACCGGAGGAGACUCUGUAGGCGAUGAGAAAAUGAACGAUGUGCACGACAAGUAUGCGACGGCGUUGUCCCACUUCCUGGACCUGCACUCCAACGGCACGGUGGACAUGGAGCGGCUGAGCGGUCCGAUCCUAAAGUCGAGCAUCAAAUCUGUCUACUGGCUGUUCCUCAUGCAGUACGCUGCCCUCGCCCUGCUGGGCGUCGUCCUGAACGUGAUCAUUGUGGUGUACAUCAUGUACCACCGACUGUACAAGGAUGUGACCCAUGCGUUCAUCAUCAACCUGGCGCUCUGCCACUUCGUCCAGUGCGCCCUCGUUCUGCCCGUCUCCCUGAUGGUCAUGCUCAUCGAGAACUGGAUCUUUGGCCAGUUCCUGUGCUUCUUUCUGCCCAUGCUGCAGGACAUACCGCUGCACGUGGCCAUGAUCUCGCACAUCCUGAUCGCCUGGGACCGGAUGCGUUGGCUAAACGAUCCGCUGAAGGCCCGCCUGCCGGGAUUCGUCUGCUGCUGCGCCACCUGGCUGACCGGAAUGGUGAUUGCCCUGCCCUACCCCAUCUACACCAACUACGUGGAGCUGGGGAACUUAAUACCAGAGCUUUCGGGGAUCGGAUUGUGUGUGGUCAACCUGAUGGACGACAUGCAGGAAUAUACCCGUGGGCUCUUCCUGCUUAUGUACUGCGGUCCGGCCAUCCUGCUGUCCUACCUGUACAUCCGCACCUCGCAGGAGCUGCGUCCGCCCGACGGACCCUUCGCCGUGAUGAUGUACGAGCACCGCGCGGAUGUGCGGAUCCGCCAGAGGAACUCCUCGACCUCAUCGGUGGAGCCCCGCCAGUUGAGCGGUGGGGGCGUGGCUGGGCUGAGCAAUGGGGGCGGCAGCUCCGCCCGCUCCUACGACUUGUACAGUGCCGAACUGGAUGUGCAUCGCGAGAAGCGGAAGCAGCGCAACUUUGGCAGCAUGGCCGCCACCCAGGUGGUGUGCAUGUGCCCGCUGAUGAUCCUGCGCUUCGCCAGACUCUCGCUGGAGGAGACGUACGAGAAUGCGAAGCACUUCGACUUCACCUACCUGAUGUUCGUGUGGGUGGCCUUUCUGCCCACGGUCAUCUUCCCGGUCAUCUAUGCCUCGCAGAUUUUGCCCAGAGAUGAACAGGAGCGUCUGAGGGGCUACUUCCGGCUCUCCUCGAAGCGCAAGCAGAAGACCCAGCGGCGCAGCGAUGCUGGCGGAGCCGGCAGCUCCCGCGAGGAUUCCAUCGAGAAGGACGAGGCCUCAAACACGACGAGUGUCCACCAUGCCGCCGCCGGCUCGUCCGAGCAGCAGCCGCCGUCCCACAAGCAUGCGUCCAAGUUGCGCGGUCACGAGAGGGAGGUGCGUCUGCCAGGAUCACACGGAUCCUCGUCAUCGGGUGAUCGCUACACAGGAGCACCCUAUCGCCAGGGCAAGGAGAGGGACAGGGAGAGGGAAAGGCUAAGGGCGGGCGGUCGAGGGGCGGGCGAUGCGGGGGUGGUCAACAAUCUGGGCAAGGAUGUGCGCGGCAAGAAGCACGACGUCAAGAUCAACAUAAUUUCGGAUGGAGGCGUGGCUAGCCACUCGGGGCACCGGAACAAACAGCCGGGCAGCAACAGCAGUAGCAACAACAACAAUAACCAUCGGAGUCGCCCCAAUCCCGGUCGCCAUGGCCAGAGCAAACUGACCGCCGAGUGUCUGUCCAAUGUGACCGCCUCCACUUUUUGCAACAGCGGCACCGGAAACGGAAAUGGGAAUGCCAAUGGAAAUGGUCUGAGUGGCGUCCUAAUCCCCGACGACAGCAGCACCAGCAAUUAUGGCGACGGCGAGGAGAGCUCGGUGGUCAGCAGCAUGAUGGUGGGUCCGGCAUCGCAGCAUCGCUGGCCGGGAUCGGGGGCACAGCGGCACAGCAAGGACGUGACGUUCAGCGAGUGCGGCGGCAGCAGCAGCAGGAGCAGCACCUUCUCGUCGAGCACCCUGGAGCGGGACCUGGAGAUCAUGGACCAGCUGGAGCGGGAGCGCAGCAUGGACAUCCAGGAGAUGCUGCUGAGGGAGCGGGAGCGGGACAAGGUGCGUCGCCAGUUGCCGGACAUCGAGAAGCUCUACGCCCAGCGCUCGCCGAAGGGCAAAAGGGGCGAGGCGGCUGGAGGAUUGGCUUUGGUCAUGCCCGGCAGUGAUCCACUGACCUCCAGCCUCUCGGUGUCCACGGAAUACAGCCUGUGCUCCACAUUGGAAACCAGCGGUGGCGUUGGCCACGAGGAGCAGCAGCAGCAGCGACAUCUGGAGGAGGUGGACGAGGAGGAGGAGGUGGUGCCGCCGGACUUUUAUGACAGCUAUACGCCCGGUGGCUCCCAGAACUUGCCACCCAAUUCGGGAGGCGCUCCACCUCCUUCGCUGGCCGCCACCGGCUCCUCCUCCUCCGUCAUCGUGCCCGCCUAUCAGUACCAAUACAGCCGCAAUCGGCUGAGCCGGAAGAGCUCCGGCUCCGGGUCGAGCCAUCACCACCAUGGCGGCGGCGGUGGUGGUCAUCAUGGCCAUCAUCAUGGCCAGCAUGGCAGCGGGGGCAUUGGAGGCGUGGCCAGUGGCCGGGGCUCCAAGCGGGACAGCUUCAAUUCGCUGAACGGCACCGAUCUGAUGGCCGGCGCCUUCUGCGAACUGGAUCCCACGCAACCGCUGAACAAGAUGGCCGUGAUCGAGGGCCGGAUGCGCAGGAGCAGUCCGCGGAAUGCCAGCUUCAGCUCCGGAUCGGGGGUGUCCGGGGGGCGCAGUUCGAUGAAGUCCUCGUCGCGGGACUAUGACUAUGGGCACGGCUCCUCCUCGCACUCGGCGCAUCCGGAGUUGGAUUUCAGGGAGAAUAUCUUUGCGGAGCUGUAAGAAUGUGGAUAGAUUGUAGGAGAGAAAUAUCGAAUAUUUCGAUAUUUUCGAUAUUGCUCGGGGUUAGAUUUUCGAUACUAUCGAACAUAUCGAUAUUUUUCAAGCCCUAGAAAACAGAUGCUAAACGACGAGAGAUGGGAAACGAAAAGCUUUACGGUUACGGAUUUGCAGGAGUUUAAGUAGGACAAUUUGCAGGAGCUGUACGCUUUUUUUUACGGGUAGGAUACGGGUGGGGUUGUCUUUUUUUUUUUUUAGCAAAGGCAGUUGCUCAUUCGGAGAGGAAAACAAAGUGAGAGGACUACGAAAUACUUGUAAGGAACUCCAGUCAAACGGAGAGAUACAGAUACAUUUACACCUAAAUGCAUAAGAGAUACUAAAACAAAAAAAAACAAAGAUCUAUAUAGACCGAGUUAUUGGAUUACUUCGCCCAACUGGUUGUUGACUAAUGUUUGUUGAUUAUUGCGAUCGGUGGCGAGAUCACAGAUCACACAGAUCGCAGAUCGCAGUUUAUAGAACAGAUCAGAGUUUAGAGAGAAGUGAAAACUGUGCCAAGAAAGGGAGUGGAAAGGAAAUAUAUACAUGUCUUUUAAAUGUUGCUAACUUUGUCGGGAGGACGGGAGGGCAAAAGGAUGUGCCAGUGUUUUUAAACUUUCCCAAGCUACAUACAUACAUAUAUGGAUAUAUACAAUACGAUAUAUACAUUAGACAUAUGCUAAGACAUAUUGAAUAUUACCAAAUCAAAUGCAAAGUUUAUUGAAUGUUAAAUCAAAGUCAAAAUACGAAAAUACAAAAAUACGAAAUACAAAAUCCAAAAUCGGAAUAAACCAUUAAAGUUAUAGCUGUAAGCCAGGGCAAUUCUUCAGAGCCCCAAAGAAUUGCGCCCACACACUCACACAUACACUUUUUGCGGAUCCAUUUGGGAUUCCCCCCUCAGAGACACAGAUUCAAUUUGUUGGGCCAGAUCCUGAUCCAGAUCCAGAUGCGGAUCCUAG